AAAUGAAUAACAGAUCAUUCCCUUUUUUCCGUAAGUACUGUGAAGGUUUGCGAAUCUGUUUCCAGGGUUUAUAUUAUUGAGACAAUUCGACGAAAUUAUAUUUGAGGCCUUGGAGGACUAAACAGAAGAACCCUGAACAAAAAAACGAUUGACCUAAGUUUUGAGAACUGAACUAAAGAACAAUCGUGCACUCUUAUCCUUCUGAGAUGACACUCAAAACCCAUGACAUAGUGUCCCUGGCGUGGAGGAUAGGUAAGUUUCAGAAAAAAAAACAUGGCAAACUCCAUGUGAUUAACAUUUUUCAUAUAAAUUGUCUCGCAACCUACUGGGGUCCAAUCAUCUCGAUCCAGUGUGCACUCUCGUGCUCUUGCCGAAAAAUAUGGGGCUCAAAAGUCGGAUCAGCUCGGUGUAUGCUGUUCUGUUUGUUUCGGGUCUUCUCCAAGCCAAUGGCAUUGCUAAGGGAGAGCCAAAUGAAUAUCUUGGUGAUUGUGAUCUAUUCCAAGGGAGUUGGGUGUAUGAUGACACAUCAUACCCUCUAUACAACACCUCGACAUGCCCGUUCAUCCAGGAACAGUUUAAUUGCCAGGGGAAUGGACGGCCCGAUAAAUUGUAUCUGCAUUACAGGUGGAAGCCUGGUGCUUGCGCAUUAUCCGAGUUCAGUGGCCAGGAUUUCCUGAGGAGGAUAAAGGAGAAGAAGAUACUAUUUGUGGGCGACUCGUUGAGCGUCAAUCAGUGGCAGUCGCUCACCUGUAUAUUGCAUGCGUCAGUUCCCGAGUCCAAGUACACUCUCUCCACAAAAAAUGGCCUCUCCACUUUUAUCCUCCCAGAUUAUGGAAUAUCCAUUGUGCUGUCAAGAAACAAUUUCCUUGUGGAUAUCGUCGAGGAGAAGAUAGGGAGAGUCCUGAAGCUCGACUCUAUCGCUAACAGCAGUGCAUGGAAAGGACACGACGUACUAAUUUUCAACACAUGGCACUGGUGGCUUCACAGAGGGAAGAUGCAACCGUGAGAUAUUGCUGCGCGUCACGUGUUAAGUAUGAUACAUAGUGAAUAAAUCGCGAGAGAAUAGUUUUGACGAGGGCAACACAUUCACCUUUAAUACAGGAAUAGGAACUCCCCGUUCAAGCAUAGUUUUGACAAUGCUUUUCGAAAUGAGGAGAUCAAAACGCUGUGAAGAAAAACUGUCAUUCCUGAGCUACUGAAUUAUAUUUGGUGUAUCAGGUGGGACUAUAUCCAAUUAGGAGACAAGGUAUUCCAAGAUAUGGAUCGCUUGCUUGCUUUCCGAGUAGGACGAACCACAUGGUCAAAAUGGGUACAAGCCAACAUCGAUCCGGCCGCCACUAAAGUGUUCUUUCAGGGAAUUUCUCCCACACAUUACAAGUAAUCUGUCUUGAACUCCCAUUAGUUUGACAAGAUACUAUCAGGUGGUACAUACUACACUCUGUUCUACCCAAUGAUGUGAUAGAAAGAUUGAUUAUACAUGUAUAUAGAUAUAUAUCGGCAUGCUUCGGUUCUCUGACAUCUUACAAUGAUUGCAGGGGCGAGGAAUGGAAAGAACCAAAAUCCACAUGUAGCGGACAAACGGAACCCGUUAAAGGGUCCGAGUAUCCUGCAGGUCUGCCGCCGGCAGUGACAGUUGUGAAGGAAGUUUUAGCCGACAUGUCCACAACCACCGAGGCCGUUACUUUGCUUGACAUAACAACGCUGUGCCAGCUGCGGAAAGACGGGCACCCUUCUAGAUAUGGUGGACUUCACGGCAAAGGAAAAAUCGAUUGCAGUCAUUGGUGUCUCGCCGGCGUUCCCGACACUUGGAACGAAAUACUAAACGCUAUUCUGGUCGCAAUCUCUGAAAAAUUCGAA